AUGAUACAGAUCUCUAGUAUGAUUGAUUCUGGUUACGAUGCAUCAACAACAAAGGAGCAGACCGGAGAGGUAUGUCAAAAGCGUUUGGAAAGGUAGUCUGGAAGUCUAAAUAAUUUUGACAAUGUUAGUCCUCUUAUAUUUACAUUUACUUUUAUUUUUUAAUUUUGUUUUUCUUUUUAUUGUAUUUUGUUUUUCUUUUUAUACGCGGGUAAAAAUAGAAUAAAUUAUAUAAGCUCUAUAAUUAGUGGUGGUGGUGGUGGUGGUGGCGGCCGUGGUAGUGGAAGUAGAAGUUGACAUUGCUACCUUACUACAAUGUAGUAAAUACUACCACUAUACCACUACCAUUACCACUUUAUUGCACUUUAACAUGUCCCGUAUAAAUAGGAGAAAACGCGAACGCAGUUGGUAGUAGAGCACAACGCCUUAUACUUAAAAAAAAUUUGGUAAUGUAUCCAUCCAAUAACUUUUGUUACUCACGUGACCGUACCUUGACGGUUCAUCCUUUCGCACCCCAGGCAUACCAAUGACAUAUAUAAAAGUUGUCGUUACGUCUUUAACUCCUUCAAAUCCAUGAUAUCAUGGAAUAGUCAUCCAUGGAACACCGUUCGUAGCUGUGCAGUCUAUAUGGCAUUUGUUCCUUUUUUUCUCAUACUUUUAAAGCCGUAGCUUAAACUGCGUAAUAGCAAGUCACGUUUAACUGGCCCAAUGCAACUAUUUAUAUUGAAUGAUACAGAUCUCUAGUAUGGUUGAUUCUGGUUACGAUGCAUCAACAACAAAGGAGCAGACCGGAGAGGUAUGUCAAAAGCGUUUGGAAAGGUAGUCUGGAAGUCUAAAUAAUUUUUACAAUGUUAGUCCUCUCAUAUUUACAUUUACUUUUAUUUUUUAAUUUUGUUUUUCUUUUUAUUGUAUUUUUUUUCUUUUUAUGCGCUGGUAAAAAUAGAAAAAAUGAUAUAAGCGCUAUAAGUAGUGGUGGUGGUGGUGGCGGCGGUGAUAGUCGUAGUAGAAGUUGACAUUGCUACUCUACUACCAUGUAGUAUAGACUACCACUCUACCACCACCACUACAACUUUAUUGCAAUUUAGCAUGUUCCGUAUAAAUAGGAGAAAACGCGAACGCAGUUAGUAGUAGAGCACAACGCCCCAUUCUGAAAAAAAAAUUAGUAAUCUAUCCAUGCGAUCAAAUAUUUUUACUCACGUCACCGUACCCCGACGGUUCGUCCGUCCGCACUCCAAGCAUACCAAUGUCUAAUAUAAAAGUUGUCGUUACGUCUUUAACUCCUUCAAAUCCAUGAUAUCAUGGAAUAGUCAUCCAUGCAACACCGUUCGUAGCUGUGCAGUCUACAUGGCAUUUGUUGCUUUUUUUUUCAUACUUUUAAAGCCAUAGCUUAUACUGCGUAAUAGCAAGUCACGUUUAACUGGCCCAAUGCAACUGUUUAUAUUGCAUGAUUCAGAUCUCUAGUAUGGUUGAUUCUGGUUACGAUGCAUCAACAACAAAGGAGCAGACCGGAGAGGUAUGUCAAAAGCGUUUGGAAAGGUAGUCUGGAAGUCUAAAUAAUUUUGACAAUGUUAGUCCUCUUAUAUUUACAUUUACUUUUAUUAUUUAAUUUUGUUUUUCUUUUAAUUGUAUUUUUUUUUUCUUUUUAUGCGGUGGUAAAAAUAGAAAAAAUGAUAUAAGCUCUAUAAUUAGUGGUGGUGGUAGUGGUGGUGGCGGCGGUGGUAGUGGGAGUAGAAGUUGAUAUUGCUACCUUACUACAAUGUAGUAAAUACUACCACUAUACCACUACCAUUACCACUUUAUUGCAGUUUAAUAUGUUUCGUAUAAAUAGGAGAAAACGCGAACGCAGUUGGUAGUAGAGCACAACGCCUUAUACUUAAAAAAAAUUUGGUAAUGUAUCCAUAGAAUAACUUUUGUUACUCACGUGACCGUACCCCGACGGUUCAUCCUUCCGCACCCCAGGCAUACCAAUGACUAAUAUAAAAGUUGUCUUUACGUCUUUAACUCCUUCAAAUCCAUGAUAUCAUGGAAUAGUCAUCCAUGCAACACCGUUCGUAGCUGUGCAGUCUACAUGGCAUUUGUUCCUUUUUUUCUCAUACUUUUAAAGCCAUAACUUAUACUGCGUAAUAGCAAAUCACGUUUAACUGGCCCAACGCAACUAUUUAUAUUGCAUGAUACAGAUCUCUAGUAUGGUUGAUUCUGGUUACGAUGCAUCAACAACAAAGGAGCAGACCGGAGAGGUAUGUCAAAAGCGUUUGGAAAGGUAGUCUGGAAGUCUAAAUAAUUUUUACAAUGUUAGUCCUCUCAUAUUUACAUUUACUUUUAUUUUUUAAUUUUGUUUUUCUUUUUAUUGUAUUUUUUUUUCUUUUUAUGCGCUGCUAAAAAUAGAAAAAAUGAUAUAAGCGCUAUAAGUAGUGGUGGUGGUGGUAGCGGCGGUGCUAGUGGUAGUAGAAGUUGACAUUGCUAGUUUACUACCAUGUAGUAUAGACUACCACUCUACCACCACCACUACAACUUUAUUGGAAUUUUGCAUGUUCCGUAUAAAUACGAGAAAACGGGAACGCAGUUAGUAGUAGAGCACAACGCCCCAUACUGAAAAAAAAAUUAGUAAUCUAUCCAUCCGAUCAAAUAUUUUUACUCACGAGACCGUACCCGGACGGUUCGUCCGUUCGCACUCCAAGCAUACCAAUGUCUAAUGUAAAAGUUGUCGUUACGUCUUUAACUGCUUCAAAUCCAUAAAAACAUGGAAUAGUCAUCCAUGCAACACCGUUCGUAGCUGUGCAGUCUACAUGGCAUUUGUUGCUUUUUUUUCUCAUACUUUUAAAGCCAUAGCUUAUACUGCAUAAUAGCAAGUCACGUUUAACUUGCCCAAUGCAACUAUUUAUAUUGCAUGAUACAGAUCUCUAGUAUGGUUGAUUCUGGUUACGAUGCAUCAACAACAAAGGAGCAGACCGGAGAGGUAUGUCAAAAGCGUUUGGAAAGGUAGUCUGGAAGUCUAAAUAAUUUUUACAAUGUUAGUCCUCUCAUAUUUACAUUUACUUUUAUUUUUUAACUUUGUUUUUCUUUUUAUUGUAUUUUUUUUUCUUUUUAUGCGCUGGUAAAAAUAAAAAAAAUGAUAUAAGCUCUAUAAUUAGUGGUUGUGGUGGUGGUGGUCGCGGCGGUGGUAGUGGAAGUAGAAGUUGACAUUGCUACCUUACUACAAUGUAGUAAAUACUACCACUAUACCACUACCAUUACCACUUUAUUGCACUUUAACAUGUUCCGUAUAAAUAGGAGAAAACGCGAACGCAGUUGGUAGUAGAGCACGACGCCUUAUACUUAAAAAAAAUUUGGUAAUGUAUCCAUCCAAUAACUUUUGUUACUCACGUGACCGUACCCCGACGGUUCAUCCUUCCGCACCCCAGGCAUACCAAUGACUAAUAUAAAAGUUGUCUUUACGUCUUUAACUCCUUCAAAUCCAUGAUAUCAUGGAAUAGUCAUCCAUGCAACACCGUUCGUAGCUGUGCAGUCUAUAUGGCAUUUGUUGCUUUUUUUCUCAUACUUUUAAAGCCAUAGCUUAUACUGCGUAAUAGCAAGUCACGUUUAACUGGCCCAAUGCAACUAUUUAUAUUGCAUGAUACAGAUCUCUAGUAUGGUUGAUUCUGGUUACGAUGCAUCAACAACAAAGGAGCAGACCGGAGAGGUAUGUCAAAAGCGUUUGGAAAGGUAUUCUGGAAGUCUGAAUAAUUUUUACAAUGUUAGUCCUCUCAUAUUUACAGUUACUUUUAUUUUUUAAUUUUGUUUUUCUUUUUAUUGUAUUUUUUUUUCUUUUUAUGCGCUGGUAAAAAUAGAAAAAAUGAUAUAAGCGCUAUAAGUAGUGGUGGCGGUGGUGGCGGCGGUGGUAGUCGUAGUAGGAGUUGACAUUGCCACUUUACUAUCAUGUAGUAUAGACUACCACUCUACCACCACCACUACAACUUUAUUGCAAUUUAGCAUGUUCCGUAUAAAUAGGAGAAAACGCGAACGCAGUUAGUAGUAGAGCACAACGCUCCAUACUGAAAGAAAAGUUAGUAAUCUAUCCAUCCGAUCAAAUUUUUUUACUCACGUGACCGUACCCGGACGGUUCGUCCGUCCGCACUCCAAGCAUACCAAUGUCUAAUAUAAAGGUUGUCGUUACGUCUUUAACUCCUCCAAAUCCAUCCUAUCAUGGGAUAAUCAUCCACGCAACACCGUUCGUAGCUGUGCAGUCUACAUGGCAUUUUUUUCUUUUUGUCUCAUACUUUUAACGCCAUAGCUUAUACUGCGUAAUAGCAAGUCACGUUUAACUGGCCCAACGCAACUAUUUUCUUUUGGAUAAUACAGAUCACUAGUAUGACUGGUUCUCGUUCCGAUGCAUCAACAACAAAGGAGCAGACCGGGGAGGUAUGUCAAAAGCGUUUGGAAAGGUAGUCUGGAAGUCUAAAUAAUUUUUACCAUGUUAGUCCUCACAUAUUUACAUUUACUUUUAUUUUUUAAUUUUGUUUUUCUUUUUAUUGUAUUUUUCUUUUCUUUAUAGGGGCUGGUAAAAAUAGAAAAAAUGAUAUAAGCGCUAUAAGUAGUGGUAGUGGUGUUGACGGCGGUGGUAGUGGUAGCAGAAGUUGACAUUGCUACUUUUUUACAGUGUAGUAUAUACUACCACUAUACCACUACCACUACCACUUUAUUGCAAUUUAACAUGUUCCGUAUAAAUAGGAGACAACGCGAACGCAGUUGGUAGUAGAGCACAACGCACCAUACUUAAAAAAAAUUUGGUAAUCUAUCCAUCCAAUAAAUUUUGGUGCUCACGUGACCGUACCCCGACGGUUCCUCCGUCCGCACCCCAGGCAUACCAAUGACUAAUAUAAAAGUUGUCGUUACGUCUUUAACUCCUCCAAAUCCAUCCUAUCAUGGGAUAAUCAUCCACGCAACACCGUUCGUAGCUGUGCAGUCUACAUGGCAUUUUUUCCUUUUUUUCUCAUACUUUUAACGCCAUAGCUUAUACUUCGUAAUAACAAGUCACGUUUAACUGGCCCAACGCAACUAUUUUCUUUUGGAUAAUACAGAUCACUAGUAUGACUGGUUCUCGUUCCGAUGCCUCAACAACAAAGGAGCAGACCGGAGAGGUAUGUCAAAAGCGUUUGGAAAGGUAAUCUGGAUGUCUAAAUAAUUUUUACAAUGUUAGUCCUCACAUAUUUACAUUUACUUUUUUUUUUAAUUGUUUUUUUCUUUUCAUCGUAUUUUAUUUUCUUUUUAGGGGCUGGUAAAAAGAGAAAAAAUGAUAUAAGCGCUAUAAGUAGUGGUAGUGGUGGUAACGGCGGUGGUAGUCGUAGUAGAAGUUGACAUUGCUACUUUAGUACAGUGUAGUAUAUACUACCACUAUACCACUACCACUUUAUAUCAAUUUAACCUGUUCCGUAUGAAUAGCACGAACGCAGUUAGUAGUAGAGCACAACGCCCCAUACUUAAUAAAAUUUGGUAAUCUAUCCAUCCAAUAAAAUUUAGUACUCACGAGACCGUACCCCGACGGUUCGUUUGUCUGAACCACAGGCAUACCAAUUUAUAAUAUAAAAGUUGCCGUUACGCCUUUAACUCCUCCAAAUCCAUGAUAUCAUGGGAUAAUUAUCCAUGCAACACCGUUCGUAGCUGUGCAGUCUACAUGGCAUUUGUUGCUUUUUCUCUCAUACUUUUAAAGCCAUCGCUUAUACUGCGUAAUAGGAAGUCACGUUUAACUAAGCCAAUGCAGCUAAUUCUUAUUGCAUGAUACAGAUCUCUAGUAUGACUGAUUCUGGUUACGAUGUAUCAACAACACAGAAGCAGACCGGAGAGGUAUGUCAAAAGGCUUUGGAAAGGUAGUCUGGAAGUCUAAACUAUUUUUACAAUGUUAUUCUUCUCAUAUUUACAUUUACUUUUAUUUUAUAAUUUUGUUUUUUCUUUUUAUUGUAUUUUUUUUCUUUUUAUGGGCUGGUAAAAACAGAAAAAAUGAUAUAACCGCUAAAAUUAGUGGUGGUGGUGGUGGUGGUGGCGGCGGUGGUAGUGGUAGUAGAAGUUGACAUUGCUACCUUACUACAAUGUAGUAAAUACUAGCACUAUACCACUACCACUACCACUACCACUACCACUUUAUUGCAAUUUAACAUGUUCCGUAUAAAUAGGAGAAAAAGAGAACGCAGUUGGUUGUAGAGCAGCACGCCCCAUACUUAAAAAAAAUUUGGUAAUCUAUCCAUCCGAUAAAUUUUGGUACUCACGUGACCGUACCCCGACGGUUCAUCCGUCCGCACCCGAGGCAUACCAAUGUCUAAUAUCAAAGUUGUCGUUAAGUCUUUAACUCCUCUAAAUCCAUGAUAUCAUGGAAUAAUCAUCCAUGCAACAUCGUUCGUACCUGUGCAGUCUACAUGGCAUUUGUUCCUUUUUUUCCUCAUACUUUUUAAGAGAUCGCUUAUACUGCGUAAUAGCAAGUCACGGUUAACUGGCCCAAUGCAACUAAUUUCUAUUGCAUGAUACAGAUCUCUAGUAUGACUGAUUCUGGUUACGAUGCAUCAACAACAAAGGAGGAGACCGGAGAGGUAUGUCAAAAGCGUUUGGAAAGGUAG